AUGUGGGAAUCUGAGAGUGAGUCAGCGGCAGGACACAAAUAUGGGGGUCGACUUCUCACUUCAAGUAACCAUGGUGUCCAGACAGAAGGAUUUGUGCAAAGAGGCCACUCUUGGUAUGUUGCUACGGAUAUUCCAAGUGACGUUCUAGUUCAAAUUGGAGAAGCUAGCUUCCACUUGCACAAGUAUCCCUUGGUAUCUCGAAGUGGAAAGCUGAGCAGAGUCAUAUAUGAAAGGCAUGACCCAGAUUUGAAUAAGAUAGUUAUGGAUGAUGUCCCUGGUGGGGCAGAGGCUUUUGAGCUUGCGGCCAAGUUCUGCUAUGGAGUUGCUAUUGAUUUAACAGCAGGCAACAUCUCAGGGCUAAGAUGUGCUGCAGAGUAUCUAGAAAUGACUGAGGACCUAGAGGAAGGGAAUCUUAUAUUCAAGGCAGAAGCAUUCCUUAGCUACGUUGUUUUGUCUUCAUGGAGAGACUCCAUAGUAGUGUUGAAAAGCUGCGAACAGCUGUCUCCAUGGGCAGAAAACCUUCAAAUUGUUCGCAGAUGCAGCGAGUCCAUUGCUUGGAAAGCUUGUGCAAAUCCCAAAGGGAUAAGGUGGUCCUACACUGGAAGACCCGCGAAAAUUUCUAGUCCAUCAUGGAAUGAUACGAAGGACUCAAGUCCAAGUACGAACCAGCAGGUUCCUCCUGAUUGGUGGUUUGAAGAUGCCUCAAUCCUUAGGAUUGAUCACUUUGUUAGAGUGAUCACUGCCAUUAAGGUAAAGGGCAUGAGAUUUGAGUUGGUUGGUGCUGCAAUAAUGCAUUAUGCAACUAAGUGGCUACCAGGAUUGAUUAGUGACACUGCAAUCCCAGGUGAUGAAGCAAGCAACUGCAGUGUGAGUAACAGUAGUAGUAGUGGUGGUAGUAGCUGGAAAGGUGGACUUCAUAUGGUUGUGACUGGAACAAAGGAUGACAAUUCAUGUGUUCAAGCUAAAGAGCAAAGGAUGAUCGUUGAAAGCCUUGUCAGCAUUAUUCCACCUCAGAAGGACAGUGUCUCAUGCAGCUUCCUUCUUAGGCUCCUGAGAAUGGCAAUCAUGUUGAAGGUUGCACCUGCACUGGUCACUGAAUUAGAGAAAAGGGUGGGAAUGCAGUUUGAGCAGGCAACACUGGCUGAUCUUCUAAUUCCUUGUUAUAGUAAAGGGGAAACUAUGUAUGAUGUGGAUCUGGUUCAGAGGCUAUUAGAACAUUUUAUUGUUCAGGAGCAGACUGAAAGUUCGAGUCCUAGCAGACAGUCCUUUUCUGAUAAACAACAUAUGGGAAUGGGAUGUAUCCUAAAUGCGAAGGCAAGAGUGGCAAGGCUAGUUGACAGUUAUCUUACAGAGGUGUCCAGAGAUAGGAACCUUUCCCUGACCAAAUUUCAGGUACUUGCAGAGGCUUUGCCUGAGUCAGCUAGGACCUGCGAUGAUGGACUUUACAGAGCAAUUGAUUCCUACCUCAAGGCACACCCAACACUUUCUGAGCAUGAGAGGAAGCGACUCUGCCGUGUAAUGGACUGUCAGAAACUCUCCAUUGAUGCAUGCCUGCAUGCUGCCCAAAAUGAAAGGCUUCCAUUAAGGGUUGUAGUGCAAGUUCUUUUCGCGGAACAGGUAAAAAUAAGCAAUGCACUAGCCACCAGUUCUGUGAAAGAGGUUGAAUCUGAGAGUCAUGCAAUGGUAACAAACCGGAAAACACUUCUUGAAGGGACACCACAAUCAUUCCAAGAAGGAUGGACAGCUGCUAAAAAAGACAUCAACACACUUAAGUUUGAGCUUGAGAGUGUGAAAGCCAAGUACACGGAGCUUCAAAAUGAUAUGGCUAGUUUGCAGAAACAAUUUGAUAAGAUGCUCAAGCACAAGCAUACUUCUGCAUGGAGCAGUGGAUGGAAGAAACUCAGCAAACUUGGAAGGACGACCAAUUUAGUAGAAAAUCAGGAUGAUUCUCCCAAAAUUCCAGAUUCAAUAGAAAAUAACAGAAAAACUGCUAGAAGGUGGAGAAACUCAAUAUCCUGA